GGUUUUAAUCUGAUACCAUAUAGUCAUUAUUACACCAUUGAUUGCUAUACAAAACUGCCUAUUCAUGUGAUUUCUGUUACAUUGGACUUUAACUCUCCUGUCAAUUCAAGUAGUGUGUGAAGAAUCGGUGUAAUUCACUCACGUUACGCUACUUAAUAAGGAAGGACCAAUUUAAAUUAUAAUAUAUUUCUACUAGUUUACUUCAUCCAUUAGUUCGAAUAAGCAAUGGGGUACAAACUAUAUCUUGCGAUUGCGGUAGCUGGAAUAGCGUAUCUCGUGAGGACGACUUACUUUCCACCAAUUGUCAAUUCUCCGAUUGUUGAAAUUUCGACGGGAAAGUUGCAAGGAAAAAUUUCACUGAGCAGAGAUGGCCGUAAUUAUUUUGAAUAUUUGGCUAUACCUUAUGCACAGCCACCCGUUGGGAAAUUAAGAUACGAAUCACCAGAACGAUUUACUAAAAAAUGGGAUGGAAUCAGGGACGCGACAAAGGCUGGGUCAUCCUGCAUUCAAAUGGAUCUUAUAAUGGGAAGGAUUGAAGGGAGUGAGGAUUGUCUUUUCGUCAAUGUACAUACGCCAAAGAUUGGCAAAGAUGCGAAAUUACCAGUAUUGGUGUGGAUUCAUGGGGGCAUUUUUGCGUUCGGAAGCGGCAACUCAUACCAUGGAGACUAUUUUAUGGAUGAAGAUGUUGUACUCGUUACCGUAAAUUAUCGUCUCGCAAGUUUUGGGUUCUUAAAUUCAGGAGAUGGUGUGGUGCGAGGAAACAUGGGAUUGAAGGAUCAAAGUAUGGCGUUGCAGUGGGUACAGGACAACAUCGAAAGAUUUGGAGGAAAUAAAAACGAUGUGACACUAAUUGGAGAGUCUGCUGGAGGUGCAUCGGUUCAUUUUCAAAUUCUUUCACCAAUGAGCAAAGGAUUAUUUCACAAAGCCAUCGCUCAAAGUGGUCUGGCGACGAUGCCCUGGGCUGUUUAUCCCCAUCCUGCCAAACAAGCAAAGAGAUUCGCCCAACAGCUAAACUGCCCUGUAGGAAAUACUCAAGAAAUGGUGAAAUGUCUCAAAAGUAAAGAAGCCAUGGACAUUGUCCAAGUUCACAGAGAGAUGAAGGAUAAUCUGCGCCCAGUUAUCGCAACAUUUGUCCCCACGGUUGAAAUGGAUAAGUCAGAUGGAAAGGCAUUCUUGCUCGAUAUGCCGAGACGAAUUAUUGAGAGUGGAAAUUAUAACAAGGUCCCAUUUUUUACUGGAGUUAACAAUGCAGAGGGGUUGAUGAUGUCAGCGCCCGCCGUCGCUAACAGUACUAUAACUCACGGUCUUUUAAAUGCUUGGGACAAGACGGUAGAAAACAUAAUGCUCAUGCCUGAAGAUACUCCGCCAGUCGUGUAUGAAAAGGUCAAGGCGUUUUAUAUGCACGGAAAUGGCCUAGACUUGAACAAUCCGAUGGCUCAUUAUGAAAAUUUAACAAAUCUUUUCUCCGACUGGUUAUGGAAUUUGGGAUUUCACAACGCAUUGACGAGUCACGCACAAGUCGAAGGACCACCUCUUUUCAUUUACUAUUACGCUUAUCAAGGGGACUUUGGACUGGAUCAGUUGCUCCUUGCGUUGAAGGGAGGUUACCAUCCCCUCGUGGAGAUUAUGUGGUCCAAGGUUUCAAAGUGGUUCAAAACUACGGUGCUUGGCCAGACAAUCGAGAGACAUGGAUCUUGCCACGGUGACGAGCUGGCGAUGGAAUUUUUUAUGCCCAUGAUGGCUUCCGUUCCGAAGGGGAGCGUAGAUUAUGAAUUUUCCAAAAAAUUUGUUAAGCUUAUUGUGCAGUUUGCUAAAUUAGAUUUGAAAUUGAAAAAGAGCCCCGUGUUGGAAUUUUUGGGGAAAGUAUGGACCCCACAAGAAAAAAAUUCAGAGCUCAAGUAUAUGAAGUUGAACUGGAGGCCGGAAAUGAUUUCGGAGCCGUUUAAGGAUAGGAUUGAUUUUUGGCAGUCAUUGUAAAUGUAACGGACGAGUUGUUUUGUUAACAACGAGAAAAGUAUUUUACCAAAUCUGUCAAAAAGUUUGACAAUAUCGGCACUUCUUCAAUAGCAGUACGUAAUAAAUAUAGAUAUAAAUAAAUUAUUAGAAAACUCCCUUUCUCUCAGAUUACAUGACAAUUAAAAAAUCAGACAGUUUUGAAAUUUAGUCGCUAAUAAAAAGUAGUCAAUGAUGCCAGUGA